UCAUCCCCACCACUCCGUCCGCCGUCCUCACCCAAAAAAAAACCAGCUCGUCUUUCUUUCUUUACAUAUUCUUUCUGUAAACGUCUAGUCUAGUCUUGACUCUUCGUAGCGGGGCAGGCCUCCCACCCACGAAUCCUCCAAUUCACGGUCGAUUCUGAGUAUUCAUCUACGCGCUUUUGGGCCAAACGGACGCUCGAAACCACAUCGACUCUCAAGGAAAUCCUUGAACUCGAACGUUUGAAGCAUUAAACAAUGACCGUCCCGCGACGCGAACCGGGCGUCGCGCCCGCGUCCGCACCGACGUCGAGGACGAACUCCGCACAGGCGGUCCCGAAGGUUAGCUCGAACACGAAAUCAUCGAAAGUCAGAUCGAAGCUGGCUGCUGAGAAUGGGAAUGGGAAGGUGGUGGAUGGGGAUGAUUCACUCAAAAAGAAGGGCAAGCAAAAGGGCAAGCCUAAGAAACAGGGCAAGAAACGCAAACGCACACUCUACUCAACCUCCUACCUCGACCUCCUCUUCCGCUACCUCCUCCUCUUCUUCACAAUCUACUCCCUCUCCGUCUGCCCCUCCGACAACUCCCUCGACUCCCCCAUCUGCCGCGGUCUCUCCAUCUACCGCAAACUCGUGCUCGAUCCCUACGUCCUCCCCCCGCUCAACAGCGCCUACCACACCAUCAUCACCCACCCCUCCGUCGCGCCCAAAAUCGAACAGGCGAGACCGGUCGUGGAGAAAGUUUUGUUUGUGGCGGAUAAGGUCGUAGAGAAGGCAACGCCGGUGGUUAGAAGUGGAGUGGCGGUUUGGAAAGCUAGGGUCGUGCCGCAGUGGGAAGGUCGGAUCGUGCCGCUGUACGAGAGACAUGUCGUCCCUCGGGUGAGAUACUACAUCGAGCCAUACAUCGCCCAGAUCGAAUCAUACCUCGCGCCCUACAUCGACACUUUCAAUUCGAAAGUCUACGCCCCGUCGAGUGCGUCCCUAUCGCACUACCACCGCCUCGCACAACCGUACAUCCACACCUUCGCACUCAAGACGCACGAAUACGCAUUAGAGGCCUAUCGCCUCGCGCGCAUAGCAUACGCCAAGAGCGCCCCAGUAGUGCGAGAAGCGUGGGUGCGCGCGGAACCGGUUAGAGUUUGGAUAGCGGGGAAGGUGGGCGAGGGGGUGGGGCAGGUGGGAGUGUUGAGGAGGAGGUGGGUGGAUCCGCAGGUGGAGAGGAUAUGGGAGGCUGUUGUGGAGUUGAGUGGGACGGAGAGGAAGGGGGAGCCGGUGUUUAGGACGCAGAGCCCGGGACAUAAAGUGAAUGAGGGCACGACGGAGGAGAGGUUGAGCAAGGUGGAGGCGGAGCCGGUGCCGGUGGUGGAGGACUUGAAGCCGGAGGAGACUGCGAGCGCGAGUGUGAUUGAGACGGUGGAGAGCGUGACGGAGAAGGCCAAAGAGACGCCGGUCGAGGUUGUUUUCGCGUCUGUCAAGUCUGUGAUUGAGGAAGCGACGAGUUUCGCGGGGUCGUCGGCGAGUGGUGCUGUACCCGCUGAAGAACCUACACCCUCCUCCGUCACAUCGUCCUCAUCAUCCUCGGUGGCACAAGAACCGGUACCCACGCAAGUAUCUGUCCCUGUAUCGGUCGACUCGUCCGUCGUGGCCGAUGCGCCUGAAGGAACGACUGCCCCCCUCACCGAAGAAGCUGAAGAAGUCGAAGGGGGAACAAUCGACCUCGACCUCCUCAGCGAAGACGAAGAAUCCGACCUACUCGCCCUUCUCGGUCUUUCUCCCUCCUCUAACUCCAACUCCGCCUCAUCUUCCUCCUCCUCUCCCUCUUCCUCAGGCUACACAUCCCCCACGAUCAUCGACGUCGACCCGGAACUGGGAGCCGCGACGGCAUACGCUGCCCCUCCUUCUCCUGAUGAUCUCACGGAGGAAGAUAGGAAGAGAUUGAGGAUGGAGAGGAGUGAUCGGAUGAGGGCGGAUGUUACGAAGCGGACGGGGGUGUGGGAGGCGAGGUUGGAGGACGGGAUUAGAGUGGGCUAUGGCCGUGUCGUCGCAGCCCUCGAAAAGACACGCAAAGAGGCUGUGAGAGACCUUAAAAGUAAGAGUGCUGGUGCGGGUGGGGAGAAGAUCAGGGGGAGUGUGGAGGGACUGGUGGGCGAGGCGGAGAGGCUUGUGGGUGGGGCGGAGAAGUGGUUGAAGAAGGAGGAGAGGAAGAGGAAGAGGGAGGGGAUUGAGGGGGAGGAGGGUAGGGCGAUGUGGGAGAUGGUGGUGGAGAAGGUGGAGGAGAAGUGGGUGGGGAGGGUGGGCGAGGUUGAGGAGGAGGUUAAUGUGUGGUUUGGGGGCUGGACGGGGAAGGAGGCGGAUGAGGUCAACAAUAUCAUACGCGAAGUUCGCUCCAUCGCAGAACGCGCCCAGGGCGAUAUCGGUCUCGAUUAUUCGUGGCUCGAGGACGUGACGUACAAGGAUUGGCAGAGAUACCAUGACUUGAUCCGACGCACCGACAACUUCACAGCCGACGCCAUCGCCCUCCAGGACGGCUCGCAUCCCUCCGCGUCGCCUAAUCCCGUGCUCGCAGCGCUGGAGGACCUAGAAGAAGAAGUGAAGGACGUUAUCGCCGGGUUCGAGACGCGGUUGAGGCGGGUGAAGAUCGGUGGUGAGAAGGUGUUUGGAUCCUCCUCUUCAUCCUCCUCAGCAUCAUCAGAACCGUCCAGCUCGUCGUCUGCUGAGUUCCCGGAGUCUACGUCUUCGGUGGAAGAGGGAAUAGAGGCAGAAGCGGAGGAGGCGGUCGAGAAGAUCGAGAAGGGGGAUGUGGAGGAACCGGUGGCUAGUAUUUUGCCGAUUGAACCGGAGCCGGAGGUUGCGCAGGGGGUGCUGGGGAGUGGAGCGGGUGUUAUUGGGAGGGGGAAGAAGGAGGUGGAGGAGGCGAUGGGGAGGGCGGAGGUGUUUGGGGAGGGGGCGAGUAAGUUUGUGAAGAGUAAGAGUGGGGAGGCGAAGGAGGCGGUGAAGACGCAUGCGGCGGAUGAGUUGUGAGUGGUCGUGGGGUGAGGUGUGGCAGGAAUCAGAGGAGUUUGGUGCAAUGCGUCGAGUGUGGUGGAAUGGCGUAAGAAGUGGUCGUUGGCUAUCUUUAACGGAUUAUUAGGUUUAUUCAGCUCGGUCUCCUUGUUAUUCUAUCUCUCUGCCUGCAAAGCAUCAUCCAACAUAUGCAAUCUAUGCAAGUCUUCAUCUCUCCUCUACAGUCCAAUCCCGUUCUCCGUUAGUGACCCCUCUUCCCUCUCCUCUCCGUUAUUUUUUCUUUCCUUCUCUUUGCUUUCUUCCCUUUGCUCGCUCUCGCCGUUUCGUUUCAUCAUUGCCUUCCCCUUUUAUACCUAGCAUCCGAUUCGAUUCCCCGUACAGGUUCCUAUAUCUGUGCUCAGCCGCGGGGCACAACUUGCCACUUGGCACCCUGCUCGAACUCGCUUCUCUUACAAUUUACAUCCUUUGCGUUUAUGAGCUUUACAUACUCCAUAAUGAGAUGGCUUUCCCCUCUC